GUACCUCCAGCAGCGCCAGCGCAACAAGGAACAGCAACAUGUCUCUGCGGCGCAGUGCACCUCGCUUUUCCCACCACUACACCUGGUCUCGUAGCAUCCUUUGUAUGUUACUGCCUUGACUGCCGAAAAGGAGGGGCUGAGGCUAGUAUUGUUGUUAAAGAUGACCACCUCAAAUACCUCCGCGGCUCCUCAAACCUCGCCUCCUUCUCUCAACCCGCGUCUACGCCCUCCAGCCACACCUCCACCACCUUCUUCUGCCACACCUGCGGCUCAAACAUGUACAGAGUCGGCGCUGCGUUCCCCGGCUGCACAAUCAUUCGCAUGGGUACCGUGGAUGAUGCGCGGCUCAUCGAGGGUAGGUUGAGGCCCACGCGCGAGUUGUGUGUCAAGGAGAAGGCGAGUUGGGCGGGUGGGGUUAAAGGGGAGGAGGUGAAGAGGAGGGUGGGACUGUUUUCGUAA